CCUCCCUCCUCCUACUCCUGACUGUAUAAAAGCCCUCAGUCACCGUCCAGGCAGUACGGAGGAAGCUCAACCUCUCAGGUGUAAUCUGUCUGUCCUGUCUAUCAAUCAUGAAGGCUGUAGCUCUGAUCCUUGCUCUGGCGGUCAUCACUGGCUGCAAUGCCCGCGCUGUUCGCCAGGCUGAUGCCACCCCAGACCCCUGGGUGGAAUCCGUGGAUCGUUUCUGGCAGUACAUCGCCGAUCUGAACCAGCAAGCCGAUGGAGUUGUGGAGAACAUCAAGUCCUCUCAGCUCAGCAGGGAGCUAGACACUCUGAUCAGCGACACCAUGGCCGAGCUGGGGACAUACAGAGAAAACAUCCAGACCAAGCUCAUGCCCUACACCGAGACCUCCACCGGCCAGCUUACACAGGACCUGCAGCUUCUGGCCAACAAGCUCCAGAAGGACAUGCUUGAUGCCAAGGAGCGCAGCACUGAGUACCUCGGUGAGCUCAAGACCAUGAUGGAGCAGAACGGUGACGACGUCCGCGGCCGCAUCAGCACCUACACCCACAAGCUGAAGAAGCGCCUGAACAAGGACACCGAGGAGAUCCGCAACACUGUGGCCACCUACAUUGGAGAGCUCCAGUCCCGCACCUCCCAGAACUUUGAGGCUGCGAGAGAGCAGGUUGAGCCCUACGUCCAGCAGGCCAGUGAGACCGCCAACCAGAAGCUGAGCGACAUCUCCACCCUGCUGAGGAGCCAGGCCGAGGGCUUGGGCCAGCAGCUGGAGACCCAGGCUGAGGGAAUCAAGACCCAGCUUGGGGCCACCGCCCAGGAGCUUCGCACCUCCCUGGAGGGCAAGAUCGACGAGCUGACCGAGCUGCUCACCCCCUACGCCACCCAGAUCCGUGAGAAGGUCGAGGGCAUCGUGGACAAGGUCAAGGAGGCCACCGUCGCCUAAAAAGAAAGACUGAGGGGUUUUGAAGGGUUUUAGAUGUUUGUGUAAACCACUGAUUUCUUGAUUCCCUUGCAGAAAGGGGAAAGUUAAGGGUUAUGGAAAUCUUCAUCUGGGUGCUCUGCUGUUUGGGGUAAAGGGGGUUGAUGAGAUGAAGAGAACAGACCGUCUGCAGAGUCGCCCUUUCUUCUCUCAUCAACUCGUUUUACUCAACACAAGCACAAGCGAUAACAACCUUUCACACACAAGCAGGAGACAAUUAUUUGCAAUAUGCUUUGCUUUUAUACUUUGUAUUAACUGUGCUAGCUGCCUAUCCCCCCCUCCCCCACAAACAAAGUUUUUGUCUCAACUUUCCUGCAUUUUGUUUGGUUGUAAUAAUAACUGCAGAGUUUGGAUUCCAGGCCGAAAUACACCAAACACAAGUGUCUUCCAUUCCAUCUCAAUAUAUGCACUGAUUUUUUCUACUGAACCACUGAAAGUGCCCUUCUGUAUUGUCUGCAUAUCUUGUUGUACACAGAAAAGUGGAAUGUAAAAAUGCAAUAACGACAAUCAGUCUUCAGUCUGACUAAAUGGCGUCCCUUGUGUUUCACGUGUCACGCCCUCCAUGUGGCCCGCUGUAACUGCACGUCCUGCAGCUACAGUGUGCUGAACAGUGCUGAGUGAAUAAAGAACCUAGAAAAGA